CCUUUUCCUUUUCAAUUCAUUUCAUAAAUGGCCCCCCAUUUUUAAGCAAUACCAAUAUUUGGCUGGCACCUUUACACUUUUAUCCAUGCCAGGGCCCCCCUUUUUUUUUAAUCCAUAAACCCUUUUUUGAUUACCAAAUUUAAAAGAGAUAAGAUCACACUCCCCAUCACCAAUUAUGUUAGAGAUUGAUUGUGCCUUAUAUUCUUAACACUGGUUUCUACUUUAAAUGUCUCAUCCAUGCAUCGAGACACGGAUCUUAGCGUAUUCAUUCUUAACACUUGCUUUUUUUAUCUACUGAAUUCUCCGCUGCUUGCUCCAACCACGCUGUAGUAGAAGAAGUAGAACUCUCUUUGUAUUUUUCACUAACAUUGCUCAUAUAUGAAAUCUUCAACACUUAAAAUAAGUACACAAAGAUUAUUCAUGUUCAUAAUUUGAAGCUGAGAUGAAAUUUUUGCCAAACUUCAUUCCCCACAAACCCUUGUCCUGUUGAGCAAGAGAAUGCUCCCCAAUGGUUGCAUUGGAAAGACGAAGUGCAACAUGGUAGGCAGAUUUGACCGAGAAUGUUCGACUCUUUGUCUCAAUCCAGUGAAGCUUAUCUUGUGUCCGUGCAUCCCCAAGCUUAAUCCGCAGGAUAUCAUCCCUUGUGGAAGCAUGUAACAGUGACUGAAUCAAAGGUCUAUUCCACUGUCUGGUAUCAGCAUCAAACAGAUGACUCACCUUUAGUGAUCUGUCAGCUCCAGGCUUGAAACUAGGAGGCCGUGGGAGCCAUUUAUGACUUUCUAUACCAACAGUUUCGCCAUCGCCAAUCUUCCAGGCAGAGCCCGCAGUGAUGAGUAAUGAGCUCUCUUGCUUGAAGGAGGCUGCGCCAGACAAAGGAGGGGUUGCUACCCAAUUCAGCAUCCAUAAAUGAGCAGGAAGGAAAGUAUCGAGCUUUAUAUACCCUAUAAAACAGAGAGUGGGACCCCUGGAUAAGGCUCCAAGCUUGUUUGGCAAGCAUGGCCAGGUUGAAAGCAUGAAUAUCCCGGAAUCCAAUACCACCUUUAUUCUUGGGGGAACAAAGCUUGUUCCAAUUAAUCCAAUGAAUUUUCCUCUCAUUUUGAGAUUGACCCCACCAAGAUUUAGCCAAGACAGAAUUUAUACCAUCACAAAUGGCCUUGGGAAUUUUGAAAAGACUCAUAGAAUAAGUCGGAAUAGCCUGUGCCACGGUCUUUAUCAAUACCUCUCUUCCAGCUUUUGAAAUAUGUUUCUCCUUCCACCCCAUCACCUUAUUCGUUAUACGUUCCAGCAACCCCUUGAAAGUAGACACCUUGGAUUGUCCCCCUACCAUUGGUAGUCCCAAAUAUUUCUCGCAGUCAUUCAUCACUUGUGCACCAAGUAAGGCUUGAAUCUCUUGCUUAACCUCAGGUGCAGUGUUCUUGCUUAACCUCAGGUGCAGUGUUCUGGCUGAAGAAGAGAGUUGUUUUUUGCCUAUUGAUAGCUUGGCUAGAAGCAGCUUCAUAUUGUGCCAAUAUGGCUAAAAGGUUUUGGCACUCCCUAGUGCGAGCCUCACAGAAAAGCAAAGUAUUAUCAGCAAAGAGAAGAUGAGAUAUCCUUACACCCCCACGACAUGACAAUAAUCCAUGAACCUGAUUGCUUUAUGUGGCUUUCCUAAGCAUAGAUGAGAGACCCUCAGCACAUAAUAAGAAUAAAUAGGGAGAUAGGGGGUCCCCUUGCCUUAUCCCUCGGGUUGGGGUGAUGAAACCUUUUGGCUCUCCAUUUAUAAGAAUGGAGUAGGAGGCUGUGCAAACAAUUUUCAUGGCCAAAUCUACCCAUUGCACGGAUAACCCCAACUUGAGCAUUAUCCUUCUGAGGAAAGCCCAUUCCACUCGAUCAUAUGCUUUAUUGAUAUCCAGCUUGACAGCCAUGUGCCCAGUACAGCCUCGCCUCCUAUUUCGCAUUCGAUGCAACAUCUCAAAUGCCACUGUCGUAUUAUCAGUAAUAAGUCUACCUGGUACAAAAGCACUCUGUGAAUCCGAGAUGACAUUAGGGAGGAUAGUUUUCAACCUGUUUGCUAACACCUUGGAUGCAAUUCUAGAGACCACAUUACUCAAGCUGAUCGGACGGAAUUCAGUAAUAUGCUGGGGGUCAUUUACUUUUGGGACAAGCACAAUGUGAGUAAAGUUCAUUUUACGGAGGCAUCUCCCUGAAUGUAAAGACGAGAGCACGGCAGAGGUAACAUCCCACCCUACAAUAUGCCAAUACUUUUGAAAGAAAAAAGGAGACAUACCAUCUGGUCUCGGGGCUUUUGAGGGGUGCAUCUGGAACAAUGCUGUACAAACCUCUUCCUCAAUGUACGGCUGUGCUAAAGUUUCAUUCAUGCCUUCUGUGACAACCCAGUCUACAGAGUCCAACACCUCAUCCAUGUGCAUCGGGUUAUUGGAGGUAAACAAUUCUUUGUAAUACUCUUCAGCUAUAGAGGCCACUCUACCCUCAUCCGUUUGCCAAACUCCCUGCCCAUCAUGCAGACCUUUGAUAUGAUUUUGGCGUUGUCUAUGGCUUGCUCGCUGGUGAAAGAACUUUGUGUUCUUAUCCCCAGCAGGAAGCCAUACAGCUCUAGACCGCUGUUUCCAGAAGACCUCCUCAUGAUGUAGAAGCUCGGUGAUGGAUUUUUUGACCUCCGUAAUCCUGCCCAAAUUUGAUGAGAAGUCCCCAUGUGGUGCUUACGCUUGAAUUGGUAGAGCAGGACUCACCUGAAAUUUUCAAAUGUAACCUUGUCCGUAUGCUCAAAGGAUGCUUGUACCUGGAGUCAUUUUGCCUAAAGAUUCGAGGAACAGGUGAUGCAAUCGCUUUGCAAUCCAUUGAAUUCUUCCUGCCCAAAACUCUUAAAAUCCUGAAAUUGCAGCCACUGCUUGAGCAAGACGGGAUCCACCUCAUAAACCAACUUCAAGUUGAUAGGACUUUUUCUGAGACAGCUGAUUUUGGCAUCAUCUCUCCAUUGGGAACCUGUAUUCCAUUGCAGUGCUUGUCACUGGUCCUAGAUAUUAUAUCCGAUGAUCUGAUUAUUUUGAUCACCAACUCUCUUCCUCUUUUGAUAGAGCUGGAUCUUGAAGACAGACCACAUCAGGAACCACUAUUGCACAAUGACUUGACCAACAACGGGCUCCAGUCCUUGGGCUCUUGUCAUCAUUUAACAAGUCUCUCACUUAUUCGGAGUAGACGGAACCAGCAAGUGUCAUUCAAAAGAAUAAAUGAUAUGGGCAUGUUUCUGCUUUCUGAGGGCUGCAAGGGCCUAGAGUCGGUGAGACUUUGUGGGUUUUCUAAAGUUAGUGAUGCAGGCUUUGCAUCAAUUCUACACUCCUGCCAAAGGUUAAAAAAAUUUGAAGUUCGUAGUGCCCUAUUAUUGUCAGACUUGGCCUUUCAUGAUCUCACCGGGGUGCCUUGUUCCCUUGUUGAGGUGAGAUUAUUUUCAUGCAGUCUUCUAACCUGUGAAACUGUGAAAAAAUUGGCUUGUUCUAGCAGCCUGGAGGUCCUUGAUCUAUAUGGUUGCAGGAGCAUAGCAGAUUCCUGCCUGAGGUCCAUUUCGUGUCUUCAUAGAUUGACUUCUCUGAAUCUCUCAGGAGCUGAUGUUACAGACCAUGGAAUAUCUAUUCUUGGUCAGGGGAGUCCACCCAUCACACAUUUGUGUCUACGAGGCUGUAAGAGGGUAACUGAUGAAGGUUUAUCUAUUUUGCUCCAUAGUGGGACAAUUGGCAAAUCAUUGUCAGCCUUGGAUUUAGGAUACAUGCCUCGAAUAUCAGAUAAAGCAAUACUUACAAUUGCUAAGGUUGGUAUAGGCAUUACUGAGUUGAGUAUUAGGUGUUGCUUCUAUGUGACCGAUUUAUCCAUGGAAGUAUUGGCUAUGAAGAGAAGGUUCCAAGAUGAAAGUAAACCACUUCGAAGGCUUGAUAUUUAUAAAUGCAGUGGCUUGUCUGUUAAUUCAAUUAAAUCACUUAAGAGGCCUUUGUUCCCUGGGUUACACUGGCUUGGUAUUGGGCACACACGUUUGACCGGGAAAGGAAAUGCUAUUCUAACUGAAAUUUUUGAGGAACGACCAUGGCUGACUCUUUGUUUGGAUGGCUGUGAAAUGGGAUGUCAUGAUGGAUGGCAAUUUCAUAUACCAGAAUAUCGCUGGUCUUGAUUUUAGUGGAUGGGUUGGUUUUUGUUUUCGUGGAUGUGUUUGGUUUUUACGCUCCGUUUAUUUCGAUGUAAAAUAUUUACAAAGGUAAAAUAUUUUACUUCUAAAUUAUUUGCAGGAAAAUAUUUUUAUUUUACAGUGUUUAAAAGUGUA